AGAGCACACGUACAUCGCCGAAGACAAGUAUGAAGUUUUUGCUUUUCCUAUAUAUCUUAGGAGCUUGCUUAUCAGUACUAACACACGCGGGCAAAAUUCCAUCUGGGAAACGUUAUUACUGUAAAAUACGUGAAUGUGUUGAGUACCAGGACUGGAACAGCAACUUACGCCCCAUGCUUUACUCUAGCAUAGAAAAUUGCAGGAAGAAGUGCCCUUUCAGGGGUUGUGGCUACUCGAGGCCCAGGAAGGCACCUACAGUUGCUAUAGGUCCUAUAGUUCCUAUAGUUCCUAUACUAUAGCUCGCCGCGCCUGAUGCUCACCCGAUACUAAGCAACGUGCUUAGCCUACUGCGCACUAACGCGCGACCGAAAGAACGAUAAAUAAAUUAUGU